CUGCGAACGAAGGUACUAGCAGGUUGCGCAAAACAGUAGAAGACAAUUUAGACCUUGCGGGUUUUAGAAUUGUUCGUUGUUGUCCAGUGGUAGAUACAGUGACGCGCUCCAGUGGUAUAGGACUUUGUAUUGAAAAGAUGGGGGCGAAUUUUCCCACGAACACAUUCGAGAGAUAUACGGUAGCAUUUGACAUUCACAC